GAAGGCAGUGAGAGACACUUACAUCCCAGUGCAAUCAUUUUGACCCAAAGAUUACAGAUGCAUUGUUACCUGUUUAACAUACAAAAACUAGGAUUGCAUUCAAACAUCUCAGAGUACCUGGCGUGUGGCAGUUGACUGGAGCAGUUUUAAGGAACCUUCAGCACAAACAUGUAAACAAGACAUUAACAUGGUUUGCUCACUGAGCAGUUGAGUUGGUCCUACAGAAGCACGGCUGAGGAGAAACACAGUGACAGAGGCCAGACAGUAAUCUCUGCUCCCCAUGUCAUCAUGAAUAACAGCUGUUCGUUCACGGAGAUCGAAGCCAUCAUGAAGCCCUUGGAGCUGGUGAUUUACGUGCCUAUCUUUGUAUUUGGCUUGCUCCUGAACGUCAUGGCGCUCCUGGUCUUCUGCGUGGUGCUGAAGAAGUGGACCGAGUCCUCCAUCUACAUGACCAACCUGACCAUGAUGGACCUUCUUCUGCUGCUGCCGCUUCCCUUUAAGAUGCAUGCCGGGAGCAACAAAUGGUCCCUCAACAAGAAGGUCUUCUGCUCGUUCCUGGAGAGCCUGUACUUCAUGGGCAUGUACGGGAGCAUCUAUACCAUCAUGUGCAUCUCCAUCGACCGCUACAUCGCCAUAUGCCACCCGUUCCACGCCAAGCGAAUGCGCUCCAGGACCGCCGCCCGCGUGGUGUGUGCAGCCAUCUGGGUGUUCAUCGUGCUGGCUAUCUCCCCUGUCUACACCUUCCGCACAGAGGUCAAGGAAGACUUCCGCUGCUUUCAUGGCUUCUCCGAGAAGGGCUGGCAGCUGGCCAUCAUCGCCAGCCUGGAGGUGUUCGGCUUCCUGCUGCCUGCCCUGGUGCUGGUGGUCUGCUCGGUGCAGAGCGUGAAGGCGCUGCGCGACACGAAGGCGCGGAGCUCCCCUGAGCGACGGGCCGGUGUACGCAUCAUCUACAGCAGCAUGUGCGCGUUUCUGGUACCCUUUACUCCGAGUCAUGUGGCCAUCUUCCUGCAGUACCUGGUUCGUAGUAAGACCAUCACCCACUGUGCCAUGCAGCAGUACAUUUCCCUGUUCGUGCAGGUGGCUCUGUGCCUGUCCAAUGUGACCUGCUGCUUGGACGCUGUGUGCUACUACUUCGUGGCCAAGGAGGUGCGGUCAAGCAGCAGCGCCAUCAGAAUGUCCAUCAGAAGAGUGACAAGCGUGAGCACAUCAGAGGCGUAAGGAAGGCGGGUUUUGCUUGUGAGCUGAGUAACCACAGCAGACUGCUGCUGUCUCUUCUCACGCGAUGGGAGUGUGGAGGAACUCCUGAGAUGAGCUGUCAAAAGGCCACAGUUCUUAUCCACAGAAGUUGUUUCUUUUUAUCGCUGAUGUCUCGGCGUGAGCCACGUGUGAGACGCAGCGCCGGAGAGAUCUGCUCUUCUGCGCCUCUUCAGCCAGCCAGGAUUGUUGCAGCUAAGAGCCCAUCUCAGGUGAAGAGUGGAAGCUGAGGUUGGCACUGCCACUGGUGAGUGGCGGGGGCCUGGCAGGGUGCCGCCGGUUUCACUCUGUCUCAUGUGGUGUGUUACUCCUCACUCUGCCUUUCAUAGUUGUGCUCAACAGGGCUACAAGGGCACAGUGGCUUAAGUUGAGCUUCUUUGUCAUUAAUGUCUCCUAGCACUCCAAAAUGUUUAAUGUUUUUUUAUUUUUCUGUGUUUUUUUCCCAAAGAAUAAUAUUUUGGCAUUAAAAUAUAGCAUUAUACGGGUGGUGAUGAAAUAUGUUAAAUUCAGUAAAUAUUGCUGAACUGCAUGGUAGCUGAUGACAUGCACCUUACAUAAACUCCUUUGAACCAGUGUGCCAGAGAGUAACUGGAUUUAAUUUUGCAUUAGAAAUCAUUAUAUGCACAUAAUACAAAUAAAUAAAAUUAAUAAAUAAAAUAUAAGAACAGGGUUGCUGUCAAAGGGUUGAUAACUGAUUUGUUUAAAUUCUUAGCUGCACAGUGACAAUAUUUAUCAUGAUAGUGGGGUUUUGUGUGUGUGUGUGUGUGUGUGUGUGUGUGUGUGUGUGUGUGUGUACUUAAAAGAAAACUGUCCAAGUGGCCCCCCACACUUGUGUUUAGGGUGGGACUCCACACACCUGUGUUUCAUAGUGUAUAACUCUUUAAUAAUGUUUAAAGAUGCUAGUGAAUCCUUUACUGCAGAUUUGGAAAUUAAACCUGUUUUCUAACCAUAUAACAAAAUACCAUUGUGUAUGACUUCUUGGAAAACUCACACAAACACAUAUACAAAAGUUAUGUUUUAAUUUUGCUUUAUUUUAUCAUUGUUUAUUUAUAUGUUUUGCAGUAUUGUGCAUGCAAACAAACACUUAUUGUCCAGAUAAAUGUAGUUUAUAAUUUCCUAUAAUUUAUUCUUAUAUAAGACCUUUUCACAGUGCAAUGCAUUGUGGAUUGCAAGGUGGGUAUUGGACCAGAUAGAGUCUAUUCUAACUAGAAUGAAAGAAUAAUUGUAAAUACAAAGUAGAAUAUAUGAACGAAUAUUUUUGAGAUGUUCAUUAAAACAUUAUUCGUGUUAAAUAUUAAAGGAUGCUUAUCUGAUGCAAUCUGUUUGUUUUUUUUCUCACCUCUCCCUCUGGAGGCAAGCAGGCCAGGAAUGUAAGUGCCAGGUUACAUAAUAGAACUGUGACAGAGGCGCGGUGGGGCGGGCAGCUCACAGGAACACAUUUGCUUGGCUGACAGACGUGGGUGCGCUGGUGUGAAAACUGCGGUGGAUCUUAGUCAAGCAGUGCAAACAGAG